UUUUAUAAAUAAAACAUUUUCUUUUUGACAUUUUUGGAGGUAAACCCCCUAACACCACCCCAGCUUUCGCGACUGGUGCACGGAAAUCUUCUUGGACCGUGCACUAAAUCAGUGCCACUAAUCCCAUGUGUAGAUUAUCACGAUCGCGCACGGCCACGGUAAACGCGUAAUCCGAUAGUUGUAACCGUCGCGGACCGCAAGAACGCGCGCACGGUCAAUUCGAGACGAUAAUAGCAGCUCCGGCACACCGUACCGUACGUCGUUAUCACAUCGCGAUCGAUCGGUACCUGAUUUGUUUACAUAAUUUCCGACACACCAGUUACGUCUUCUCCGUGACUUCCGUUCCCGCACUGUCAGUAGUGGUGCCUGUUGCCGUAUUACCGUUCGUCCUUCUGCGAUUUCUAUAGACGUUUUCUGCGGCCGUCCAUCGUGCUGUGACCAUUGUCUUCGUGAAACACCCAAGUAGUACGCACCGUGCCGGCGAAAUGACGAAAAGCAUCCAAUCGGAAGGGGUGGACGAAGUUUUCAAAGCGAUAUUCGUCAACGACUUUGAUCGGCUGCAGAAGAUCUACGCCAACCAUAACCUUGGUACGGACAUACUGGACGAGCAUGGCAUGACGCCGUUACAGCACGCCGCGUACAAGGGCAAUGAGCAAAUCGUCCGUUGGUUGUUGGACCGGGGCGCCGACGUCAAUUCUGGAAAGCACAAGUACAAGUACACCGCAUUGCAUUUCGCCGCCCUGAGUGGCAAUCCUGCUGUGUGCAGCUUACUGCUAGCUGCCGGUGCCAAAAGCGAGCUGACCAACACUGUAGGUCGUAACGCAUCUCAAAUGGGAGCCUUUGUCGGUAAUCACAACUGUGUGGCAGUCAUUAGUAAUUAUGUACCCGAAGAAGAAGUUAUGUGUUAUACAUUAUCAGAAACUAUUAAUGGUGAACCACAGUUACCUUUAGCAUUGGCUAAACCUGUUCAUAAAUUCAUUAUGAUGACCAACAUCCAUCCGGUAAAAGUUGCACUGGAAAUACCUCCCGUUUUUCUGGUGGACGACAAUGCGUCAACAAUUUAUAAAGUGUUAAAUUUGAUGUCGGCACGUGAAAUAAAAAAACAAAUGGAAUCUAAUGAAGUGAUGGCCUUUAAAUUUCAUUAUUUAGCUAGCAUUCUAAUUGAAAUUGCUAAACACCACAACGUGAAAAAUGAAAAACAAUCAGAUCCUAAAGAAUUUUUCAUUAAGAAAAUAUUGAAAAAUGAAAAUUACUUAGAACAGUUUCUUAUGGAUUCCAUUAGAAUGUUCCCUUACAGAGAUUGUACAAUUUUUAGACAGAUAGUAGCCAGUCUGACACGAGGUAAAGAUAGCAUGUCAGCUCUCAAUGUUAUAUUAGUGAUGAUUGGAAAUAGACAUGGUAUGGGUGUAGAUUCAUUUGGUGAAGAACGUGUCUGUGCUACGUGUGCUGAAAAUAAUGCUACCAAAAAAUGUGCUAAGUGCAAAGCCGUACAAUAUUGUAAUCGUGAAUGUCAACGCAUUCAUUGGUUUGUUCACAAAAAAGAAUGUAAUAGGGAAGCUGGUAACAAUGGAUCUUUGCAACCAUCGGUGGACAGUACACAUGUAGCAGAGAGUUUAUCCAAUAUAGGAAUUAAGUAAACUAUUUAGAGAACAACCCUAUGUUGUAAUAUACUUUACAAAUAUGUAUGUUAUCGAUAUAUUGUUAAGCAGCAUUUAAAUUUUAAAUUUAAAUCAACUUAUUUGUAGAACAUUUUAUUCAGUAAUUAAAAAAUGUGUCAUUUCAUAUUGUAUGUUAAUUGAGUAUUAAAAAUCAUUGAUCACAAUAAUUUCAUUAAGACAGACUAUAAACAUCACCAUUAUAACCAUAUAUUAGUCCAUAUUUAAGUUAAUAUAUUUUAAAAUGUGUACUUCUUAAUAAAUAAAAUAAUUUAGUUAUACAAACAUUUUAGUUUCCAUAUUACUGAAUCAAAUUUUAGCUUAUACAAAUUAUGUUUAAUUUAAUAAUACCAUUGAUUAUAAUUGUACAACAAUAUAUUGUUAUACCUUCAAAUUAA